CACAAUUUUGAUAUCUCAUCUCUUUCAAGCAUCAAACAAUGGAGUCGUCACCGCCUCCAAUCGGCACGGAGCUUGCUGUUCCACCACCCUCCGCAGAGUCUGAGCUAUCUUCUCUCAUUUACGAUCUCUCCCAGAACUUGCAAGUUUCCAUGGAUAACAUGCUAAAGAUAAUAAGCGAGAUUGAUCAAAACUCUGGCUGCAUAACAGAAGAGAUAGAGAAGUCAAAGGAGUCUGCACUUCAGAGGAAGAUUCAGUUAGAAGAAAAGAGAGAUAGCUUUCAGAAAACUACAUAUGCAAUUUUCGACAUGCUCAAUGGUCGUGAUACCAGCUAAAGGUCCAAUGGUCGCUGUUCAGGAUGUUUUGACAUGUCAAAGAAAGCCAGAAGAGAAGGAUUUUGUUAAUAAUGGAUUUUGAGCCCUGCAUUUCCUUUAUAGAACUUAUUAAUGUUUACACUGAAGAAUGUUGUUUAGCUGAUACUGUCUACAUGAUUCCUUACAUUCAUUAGAAGUUUUCUUAUUUGUAUUCUUGUAUCUCAAAAAUCCUUGUGCUUAAAUACUAUUUUCCUUGUGGAAGUGCAAUAUAAAGUGCUAUACUAUACUACUACUACAUGCUUUUAGUCGUAUCAAUGAAAGGAAAGCGGCUUACCUGCUCUGUCCCA